ACAACAGCACAACACACACACACUCACUCCUGACGGAUCGCAGACAGAGCUGGAGAAGAUGGAGAAACCUUUACUUCUCCUUUUCUCUCUUUUGGCAUCCGCGUACUGCACAAACAGUCUCCCCGAGAUCUCCACAUCUGUGGUCAUUUUGAGAGAAGAUAUCAGACUAGGCGAAUAUGCAUUUCAAAUUGUAGCAACAGAUCCAGACGAUGAUCCUCUGACAUAUAAAAUCGGUGGAACAGAUGCUGGUUUUUUCAGUGUUGAAGAACACACUGGUAAUGUGACCAUCAGAAGUCUGCUGGACAGAGAGACAAAAGAGUUCUUAAACAUUGACGCAAUGGUGAAUGAUGGCGUUUAUGAAGACGUGAGGAAAACUAUUUACAUUAAUGUUGAAGAUGCUAAUGACAACAUACCAAUUUUCAAUAGUCUGCCGUACAACGAGGAUGUUCCCGAGAACACUACUGUGGGCACCACACUGUUCACAGCAAGUGCCACAGACAUGGAUUUUGGCCAAGCAGGCAUUGUGUCCUACAAAAUUGAUGAGGUGGUCCCAGACGACAAAGACAUGUUUUCAAUAGUUGCGACCACUGGAGUCGUCACACUGGUGGGAAAUUUGAACUUUACUGAGAAAAGUCCUUUCUAUCAGAUCCGAAUCAACGCAUCUGAUGGCGGAGGGAUAUUGUAUGGUGAACAAGUGGUUCAAUCCUCAUCAGCAAUCGCUUUUAUUACGGUGAAAGAUGUGCCAGAUAUCGACCCACAGUUUCUGAAUUUACCAAACAAUGCUGCUGUUGAAGAAAAUGAAGGAGUGGGUACGACUGUCUUUACUGUGAAAGCCAGAGAUCCAGACACUGGCGUCAAUGACAAGAUCACCUUCAGCAUUGAUGACACUAAUGCACCAGACCUGUUCCAUAUUGACACAAACACUGGGAUAGUAUCAGUCAACGCUGACAUUGACCGUGAAGAAUUACUGGAUAUAAGUGCUACUGUCUUACUGAAAAUAAAGGCAAGUGAGACAAACCCUAAUGUGAAUGAAGUUAUUGCAAGCACAAUAGCAGACCUUCAGAUUUCAAUUAAAGACGUGAACGACAACAGCCCAGAGUUUUAUGAGUGCAUAGAUGAAACCUGCAUGAAGAAAAAUAACUUUGAAGGCAAAGUUGAUGAACAUUCAUCUACAGGACUGGCCGUAGCAGAACUGAAUAUAAAAGUCAAAGAUCUAGACGAGGGGGAAAACAGCAGGUUCCAUCUCCAUCUCGAUGGGCCUGAUAAAGAUGCAUUUAGAGUCAGUCCCACCUCCGGGAUGGGAGAAAGUACUGUACAAGUGCUUGUGAGAGAUCCUCAAGCUGUUGAUUAUGAGAUCAAAAAAACAAUGCAUGUUCAGAUUGUUGUUGUAGAUGCCACACCUUCUGAUGAUGGCUACACCUCUACAGCCACGGUCACUAUUCACCUCAAUGACAUAAAUGACAACUUUCCUAAGUUUGAGAAGGAACUUUAUAAAGAAGAGGUUCAUGAACACUGUGAAAAUGAAACGACUGUGGCGACUAUUACCGCAACAGAUGCUGAUGCUUUUGAUGAGGGGAAUAUCACCUACAGACUGAUGCCAGAAAGCAUACGGUCAACAUUUGAUGUCCAUGAAAAGACUGGAACAAUCUAUGUGACAAAUGGAGACAAACUUGACUGGGAAAUCACCAAAUCCUACACAUUAACCCUGCAGGCCUUUGACUCAGGGAACAACACCGGGACCACGGUAGUGGAGAUCUCAAUUCUGGAUAUUAAUGAUAAUGCUCCGGAGAUGAACAGAGACAUUUAUGAGGCCUUUGUACAGGAAAAUGAAGAUUUCAAGAUUCUAAUACAGGCUACAGACAGAGAUGAUCCAAAAACACAAAACAACAAAGUCCAGUACCGCAUCUCUGAGGAGAGCACCUUCAGUAGUAACUUCACCAUUGACCUAGACUCUGGCUUGCUCACAAACAAAGGUGAACUGGACCGUGAGGCUAUUGAUAUUAGCCAGAACGGUGUGAUUCAGCUGAUCGUGAUCGCUUCAGACAAGGGCACACCAUCCUUAUCCUCCUCAGCCAAAGUGAACAUCAGUGUCGGGGAUGUCAAUGACAAUGCUCCACGCUACCUGGACCCUUCUCCCUAUGAGUUCCAUGUCAAGGAAAGUGUAAAAGGUAUAUACGUUGGCUCUGUGCACGCUCACGAUGCUGACCAAACAGACUUUAACAACCGCAUCUUCUUCAGCAUCACCGAUGGUAGUUUCGGGAGUUUCAUAAUCUAUUCCGAGGCCUUGAGUAACGGAUACAGAGGCAACAUUACAGUGGAUCCGUCUGUUGAGCUGGACUACGAAAGCGAACGCAAAAAAUACACACUGAAGGUGCAGGCGUCAGACUUGGGUCAGAAAUCUGAUGAAGCUGAGGUGAAUAUUAUAGUGGAGGAUGUAAACGACACUCCACCUGAAUUUCCAUCAGGCAUGAUUCUGAAAGCGGAAGAAAACACCACCUUGCCAGUACCGGUGGCCACAAUCAAAGGCAAAGAUGUGGACACCAACCACAGUCUAAUCUAUGAGUUGGUUUCUACAAAAUGCCAGUGCAAUGGCACAACAGGGCUGUGUCCUGAAGAGUGGUUCAUCGUUGAGAGCAACGGCAACAUCAUAGCUAACACGGAGUAUGUUAUUGACUAUGAGAAAUGUGACGUAGUGUUCCUGACAGCCAGAGUGGUGGAUAUUUACACCGAGGUGGGGAGUAACAGUAGUGAAGGAAUCGUCACUAUUAAUAUUGUGGAUAUCAACGACAACGCCCCUGAGUUUGUCUUCCUACAGGACUUCUAUGUUGUGGUGAUUGAAAAGGUCGACACCGGCACAUCUGUCGCCAGAGUUUAUGCCACUGACAGAGACACAGGAGAAAACAAGAAAAUCAAAUUUCAAGUCAACAAAAUUACCUUUAUCGACAGUGAAGGGAAUAAAACCGAGAGUCUGUUUCUCUACGCUGAUAACUUUGAUCAGGAAGAUGCUGAAGGAAGAUACACCGCAUAUAUACGGUCUCAGAAGGCAAUGGAUAAUAAUAAAAGAGGGAAGUUUAUGGUGGAGGUGGAGGCCGUUAAUGGUAAACUCAGCACCACAGGUGUGGUCGAGCUCCUGACGGUGGACAGCUCCUUCAGGGUCAGUCUCAGGUUUGAUAAGACUGUUGCUGAAGUAAACGAGGCGUUGCCGCAGGUCAGAGGCAUUCUGCAGAGUGCCACAAAAGCAAUGGUGGAAAUCUUUAACGUGUUCAGCGAUUCGGGGAUUCAGCGAGCUGAAGAGAAGACGAUUCUAGAGGCGUAUUUUGUGUUCCCGAAUGGCUCUGCGCUGGAUUAUGACGCAGUGACCUCCAUCCUCAACUCUGAAGAGGUCUAUAAGGAGUUUGGACAGCAGCUAGCACAGCUCGGAUUUACUGGCAUUUCGACAACCGGUGAAGAUCCGACUGGUGUGAAGGCUGAGGUGUACAUCAUGAUCGGUCUGAUGGCUGCGCUGGCCAUCGUUCUAGUUGUAAUGACCACAUCGCUGGUGUGCAUCAGAAGAAAUUACAAGAGGAAACUGAAAGCCUCCAAAGCCAUGAACUCUGCAGCCACGGUGGUCAUCCAGAACCAGAAGAGCGGACCCGUCGUUCCUGGAACCAACAAAUACACCAAAGAAGGAGCAAACCCAGUGCUGAAUAUGAAUAUUGAUACGGCCACAGACCUGGGCUUUGAUGAAGACGGAUCCAGUGCAGACAGAGAGAGCCUUAAUUCCCUGGACUACAACAUUGACAUGGCCAUGGCAGAGAAAGACAAUAUGCCCAUGAUGGUGAUUCAGGAGGAAGAAGAAGAGGAUGAAGAGAGGAGCGAAUCUCCGUACAUCGAGCCUCUGGGUGCCGCUUUGGCUCAGCGAGAGAAGAAAAGAGGAGCAGACGGUCCCGGUCUCACUUUUACAAACCAUUCAGUAGACACCACUGACCUCUAACAUUCAGCAAAUCAAUCACUCCCACCUCCACCUGUCUGCCAAGUCACAUGUAUGUGCUCCUGCCAAAAGAAAAGAGACAGAAAACUCUGAACAAUAAUACCUGCACUAUCAAAUGUGAAGAAAAAACACACACAAUGAUUUGGCGAAUGCACUAAAAGCAAGCAACCUCAUAUAGAAAUCUAAUGUAAGGCUGAUAUGCAAAUUACAUAUAUGAUAUACCAGUUCAUAUUUGGAUUUUACAAACACUGUUAACAAUUUUCUGAAGAAUCUACAAUAACUUACCGGCAGCAGUUCGCCAGUAACUCACAGACAGCAAAAACACUAUUUACAUUUACAGCACAAUUGAUCUUGCUCUAUAUGUAUUUACAGCAUUGUAAAAUUUUACUCUAAACUAGGGCUGUGCGAUUAAUCGAAAUCAAAAUGCAAUUUGAAACAUUGCGAUUAGUUAAUCGCAAGAGGCUGCAAUAUUAUAUAUAUAUAUAUAUA